AUGAAGCGGAUUGUGGCACCGAAGCGAUGGUCCGCCGUAAACCGUGUUGAGCAUCCUCCGCUUAUGCCUAAGCAGCUCUUGCAGGGCGUCUGUGGGGGACUGCGGUGGCUCGAGUCUAAGAACCUUGCUGAGUUUUUGGCAAAGCGCGCCAUCGAAGAAGGGUUCCCCUGUACGAAGAAGCAGCAGAGGGUUUUCGAUGCGCGACCGCCAUCAUCGCGUCCAGCGCUUCGCACGAGCCGACUGCACAAAAAGUGUCCGGCGCGCCGUUCUAGCGGGGCUGUGCAACGGACCGAGGGUGCUCUGGAGGCGUCGCGCACGACAGGUGCCAGUGGCGCCCUCGUCUCUUCCGGUGCAGCGCUUGCCUUGAACUCGUCUGCCUUGGAUGCUCUGGUGCCACUGUCCAAGCAGAAGCGGCUCGUUUCGUAUGACGUUUUGGACUGUACAUUCGGCUCUGGGUUUCACACUGGUGUGGUGCUCGAGAACGGUCGGCCGUACACGCGAGUUGUUGCGAUGGACUGCGACUUGGAGGCGACGGUGAGCGCGCGCGAGAUCGUUGAUGAGUUCGGGGCGGACCGGUUUCGAUUCUUCGCGCGUCCCAUGUCUGAGGCCAAGGCCAUGUUUGGCGAGCGUUCCUUCGAUGCCGUUAUGAUCGACCCUGGCCCGUCGCUAACUCAACUGGAGAACCCCGAGCGAGGGUUUCUUCUGGAUGAUGAGAGUGACCACGCACUCGACAUGCGUUACGGGCCCACGCAUGGGCUCGGGGCGCUGGAGUACCUCAACACGGUGCCGCAGCAUGCCCUGUCCAGCGCCCUCGCUUCCUACGAACUUCUGACUCCCCAGCAGUCCAUGAAGCUUGCUAGAGCCAUUCGGCAACGGCGCCCCUUCGAUGGCGCGCAGCGCGUGCUGGAGGCAGUGGAGGAGGCGGGUAACGAGCUCCCUGAGGAGGGAUGGGGGACUCAGGGUAGCCGACGGAAGACUUCGAUGUCAUGGAACUUCAUGACAUCGUUGAGAUGCAUCGUGAACCACGAGCGCCACGAGCUGAGCGAGGCCCUGCAGAACGCGCUGCUGCUCCUGCGCACUGAUGGCCGGCUUGUUGUCUUCUCUCGUCUCCCGUGGGAGGAGAGGCUCAUCUCCACCACUGUCAGUCAGCACCCACACGCUCUGCUAAGUUACUCGGAGGCUAUUCCCAUCGAAGAUGUGCAGGAGCACGGCCACUCACGUCACACAAAGAUGUGGAUUGUCACUCGCACCCAACGUUCCUCGUACGUGCUCAAGAACAGUCAGGCGCUCACAGAGGAGGCGGUGCAGGAGAGCUCGAUGCGGUGGAUGAGCGGCCUCUUCGCUGGUCAAACGUUUGGGUUCCCGGCGAAUAACUUCACCUUUGAGAACAAGGAUGCGAAGGACUGGGCCGCAGUGCGCCGAAACAAGGACUCGCCACCGUUCGACAGCGAUGAUGACCCUAGAGGCUAA